AUGGUGAUUUUGCACGUGAAGAAGGACGACGAAAGUCAAUUCCUGUACGAGACCAAAGUUUCUGAGAGCAUUGAUGCGGUGACCACAGAUAUCGCGUUCAUUUACAACGGAAGGUUAAAAAUCAGCCGCAUUUGUAGUGAGAUGGAGGAGCUGGCUAAACACGGGACGUUCUACCCGCCUGAGAUCCUGGGCUUGCUCGAGGAGCAGGUGGCGGAGCUCAAGUUGACGGACGAGUGGGGUGAGAAGUGCAGCCCGAGUGGGGGGUGGAAGCUCAAUAAGGACCCCAUCGGACGCCGCAACGGUAGGCAACCCGUCGAGGAGAUGCAACAGGUCCUCCUUAACACCGUCGAGGAGGCCAAAGCUAUGGUCUCCAAGAAAUUAGUAUCGGGGAACAAAUGCCUGACACUAGGCACAGUGCAGGAGGCGAUCCGUCUCCUGGGAGGGGCGUGCUCGAUCGUGUACCCGAUGGGCCUACCGCCGCACGAUCCAAUCCGGGAGGAGCUGGAGAACCGGGAGCAGUUGGAGGGGACGCAGGCCUCCCGGGAGGUGAUGGAGGUGGCCGUGGCGCGGCUCUGGUUCUCCGGGCGGGAGCUCAACCGCGAGAAGCUCCUCCGCGACUACGUCGGCCCCAACGACAAGAGCAAACUCAUCGUCAAGCUGGCCCGCCUCGGCCAAGGGGCCCCUGCCCGCGAGCCCGUCGUCACCGAGGAGGUCAAGAGGCGCAUGAUGGCCGAUGCUUUUCGACGACAGGAGCAACUCAAGCAAAAAGAUCAAUCACGCCAGUCGUUCUAUUGUGGUUUAAUUGUUGAACAGAUCAGUAAACAAUGA